UGGCAUCAUUGAAUACUACUAUCAGCUUUUUCUGAUAACUUUCACCAACCCUUGUCACAUUUAUGAACUCCCUUCACCAUCUCCCCACUCAUUUCAGUUAAUACUUCCAAAUUCACCAUCACCAACAUUAUAAACCCACCCACACACCAUUUUCUUGUGUUUCAUCCAAAAUUUGGACCCUUUUAUCAUACCAUCUCAAGUCUUAAAACACAAAGACAAAUAUUCUUCACAUUUUCUUGUUUUGGUUUUCUGUUAUGUUUGCUUUAUGCAAAUGGGCAUUUUCUUGGAACACAAGCAUUGUAAUGAGAUGAAAAAGUGUUUCAAAGAUUGAUAAAGGAGACUUGCUUUUUAUUCAGGGGUUCACACAUCUUUCUUUCUUUAGUCAAUAUCAAAAAUAAUGGACUUUGCUUUAGUUGGUUGCAUUUUGAUUCUAACACUCUUGUUGAAGUCAAACCUUGGUCAACAGCAAAAUCUGCCAAUACCCAAUUCAGAUGAGUUCUUGAUUUCCAGUUUUUUUGAAAAAAUGGGCUUAAAUUCUUCAAAAUGUUACAAUCUUUCUUCAUCUGUUUGUUCAUGGCAAGCUGUGUUUUGUGAUGCUAAACAAGAAAAUGUCAUUGGUCUUGUUGCUCCUAAUUUAGGUCUUACUGGUCCUAUACCUGACAAUACUAUUGCCAAACUUAAAAAGCUUCAAUUUUUAGACUUAAAUAGUAAUCAUAUCACUGAUUUUUCAUCUGAUUUUUGGAGCUUAACUUCACUUAAAUCACUUAAUCUUUCAAACAACAAAUUUUCAGUCAAUCUUUCAACUAACAUUGGCAACUUUGUGUCACUUGAAAAACUUGACAUUUCUUUCAACAACUUUUCAGGUCACCUCCCUGAUUCAUUAAGUUCUCUAGCAAGUUUACAAAUGCUUAAUCUUAACAGAAAUCUGUUUGAUUCAAUGAUUCCAUCAGGAUUCAUAAAGUGCCACUCUUUGACUUCUGUUGACUUCUCUAUGAACAGUUUUCAUGGCAGUCUUCCAAAGGGGUUUGACCAUGCAUUUCCUAAGCUAAAAAGCUUGAAUCUUGCUGGAAAUUUGAUUAAUGGAAGGGGGUCUGAUUUUUCAAAGAUGGUUUCCUUAACUUAUUUGAACAUUUCCAAGAAUCUUUUUAAGGGCUCUGUUGUUGAAAUAUUUCAUGGGCCAUUGGAAGUGAUUGAUUUAAGUAGUAAUCAUUUUGAUGGUCAUAUUUCUCAGGUAAACUUUGAUCCAUCUUUUGAUUGGUCUCAUUUGAUUUAUCUUGAUUUAUCUGAUAAUGAGAUUAGUGGAAUGUUUUUUAGUAAUUUAAGCCAAGCCCAUAAGAUUAGGCAUCUUAAUCUUGCUAAAAAUAGGUUCACAAAACAAAGUUUCAUCCACAUUGAUGAACUUCAUAGUUUAGAGUACCUAAACUUGUCGAAAACCAAUAUAAUCGGUCGAAUCGAUGACGAAAUUUCGACUUUAACUCAUCUGAGGACACUUGAUCUUUCAAGUAAUCAUCUUGCUGGUAACAUCCCACUUCUGAACUUUAAAUCACUACAGAACCUUGAUCUUUCAAAAAAUAACUUAACUGGAUACAUACCAUUGUCUCUGUUGAAAAAGCUACCAUGGAUGGAAAGAUUCAACUUUUCUUACAACAAUUUGACUCUUUGUGGUUCUGAAGUUCCACUUGAAACCCUGCAAUCUGCGUUCAUUGGGUCAACAAAUAGUUGCCCAUUCGCUGCAAACCCAACACUUUUCAAGAGAAAAGUGCAUAAACAUAGAGGACUCAAGCUUGCUUUGGGUCUGGCCAUCUCGUUAAUCUGCUUGCUUCUUGGUUUGCUACUGUUUGCAUUUGGGUGUCGAAAGAAAACAAGAAUGUGGGAUGCUAAAGAGUCUUGCAAUGAAGAAAAAUUCAUUUCUGGCCCGUUUUCAUUUAAAACAGAUUCAACCACUUGGGUAGCAGAUGUAAAGGUUGCAUCUUUAGUCCCUGUAGUGAUCUUUGAGAAGCCGUUGUUGAAUUUUACCUUUUCGGAUCUUUUAUCUGCUACAUCAAAUUUCGAUAGGGAUACCCUUUUGGCUGAAGGGCGGUUUGGACCGGUAUAUCGUGGUUUUUUGGCUGGUGAUGUUCAUGUCGCAAUUAAGGUCUUGGUUCAUGGAUCCACCAUGACUGAUCAAGAGGCUGCAAGAGAGCUCGAGUAUCUUGGGCAUAUAAAACACCCGAAUCUCGUUCCUUUAAUGGGAUACUGCAUUGCAGGUGAACAAAGAAUCGCAAUUUAUGAUUAUAUGGAAAAUGGAAACUUGCAUAACUUGUUGUAUGAUCUUCCUCUUGGAGUUCAAGUUAAUGAAGAUUGGAGUACCGAUGCAUGGGAAGAAAAUGUCGAAAACGGUAUUCAAAACAUGGGGUCUGACGCCCUUUUGAUCACGUGGCGGUUCAGACACAAGAUCGGGCUUGGAACAGCCCGGGCAUUGGCAUUUCUCCACCAUGGGUGCUCACCACCAAUCAUUCAUAGAGACAUUAAGGCGAGUAGUGUUUAUCUUGAUUACAAUCUUGAACCAAGGUUAUCAGACUUUGGUCUCGCAAAAAUCUUUGGAAACACUGUUGGUGAUGACAUGGCUCACGGGUCCCCUGGAUAUGCGCCACCAGAUGACGUGAUUACUCCAAAAUCUGAUGUUUAUGGAUUUGGGGUGAUUCUUCUUGAGUUGAUUACAGGUAAAAAGCCCGUUGGUGAUGACUAUCCAGACAAUGACACUUUGAAAGCACAAGAUUUGGUUAGUUGGGUUAGAGGGCUCGUAAGGAUGAACGCUGGUUCACAAGCCAUAGAUCCCAAGAUUCGAACCACGGGUGAUGAAUGUCAAAUGAUAGAAGGCUUGAAAAUCGGGUAUCUGUGCACAGCUGAUCUUCCAUCUAAGCGGCCAAGUAUGCAACAAGUGGUUGGACUUAUCAAGGAUAUCGAACCAAAUAUGAGUUUGUGAAGAAGUUCAAAGAGUUGGUUUUUGCAUACGGCUUCUUGUUACUCAUUUUGUUGUUAGAGGCAUAUGCAAGAUUUUCAAGUUGAAAAUGGCUGUAAUGAAAGGAAAAAAAAAACAAAAAAUCAGAAAAGAAAAUAUCGUAUGAGUUUGUGAGCAAGUUCAAAAAAAUAUGGCGAUGAAUGUUCUCUUUUGCAACCAGUAAUAUUGACUAUCAAGUUACAAUCUUUGGCUUGUAUCACUGUAAAAAAUGCUCCUUCAGUGCAAAAAAGAAGAUAGGAAAAAUCAAGAGUUCUA